AUGCUUUCCUCUCCCCCAAGCAACAUCACCUUCAAGUUCGAGCUCUCGGAGACGACAGCAGUGGCUCUCUCGAACUUCACGAGCACCCUCCGUUUUGCGAGCCCACCAGUCAAGACCCUCCUCUCCAUUGGCGGUUCUGGAGACGUUCCAACCGCUCUCUUGGCCGAGAUAGCUUCAUGCCCUUCCUCAAGAAAAGUCUUCAUCAAUUCUUCAAUGGAGGCUGCAAGGAAGUUUGCGUUUGAUGGGCUUGACCUUGACUGGGAAUGGCCUAAAAACCGAAAGGAGAUGAAGGAUUUGGCCCACUUGUUGAGGGAAUGGAGGCUUGAGAUCAUCAAAGAGGCCCGAGCCACCAAGCAGCCCCCGCUGUUGUUAACCGCUGCGGUGUACUUCGCCGCCGACUUCUUCCUCGAUCCAGUGUACCGCAUGUACCCGGUGGCGGCCAUUAGGAAGAAUUUGGACUGGAUCAACGCCAUGUGGUCAUGGGGCUUGCCUUUACGGAAGGACUUGGGAGCUCAGGACCCGAAUGUCACCGAGAUCGGCGCCCCGGCAGUGAAGGCGGGCCCUGGGGACGGCGUGCUUCCAUACUCUGACGUGCAAGUGUUCAAUAGGAAUUAUAGCGCCACUGUGGUAUACGAUGCGGAGACGGUGUCGACCUACUCCUUUGCCGGGACAUCUUGGGUCAGUUACGAUGAUGUCGCCUCAGCGAUGGUGAAGAUCGGAUUGGCACAAGCCCUUGGGCUUCAGGGGAUAUUUCUUCUGGGUCCUUGGUUAUGA